AUGGCCGUUUUUGCUGCAGCGAGAGGUGUGACAAGGGCCAUCUCAAGGUAUGCGAAAGUUCACUCACGGUUACCUUCCCAGCAACUACCAGCGCUUACACAGACAGCGCGGGCUUUCUCCCGCAAAAGCUGGGAGUCCGGGGAUGACGUCGACUUGGAUAGCGUGGCGUACGGCUUCAUGGCAUCGCAGGCGCUGUUCUCAGCUCUUGAGCUGGGCAUUUUUGACAAGAUAGCAGCUGCCGGCGAGAAAGGAUGCCCUGCCAAAGAUGUGCAGCAGGCAUGCGGAGUUGAAGGACCGAGAGUGACCACGCUACUGACUGCGCUGACUGCAGUGAAGUGCUUACGACGCAGCAGUGAGGGCCUGUACACCUUGUCGCCAAACACGGCUCAGUACAUGGUGUCUUCCUCCAAGCACUACUACGGCGAUUACUUGCAGUACCAGAUCGGUCGUCAGUUUUACCAUCGGAUGGGAGCGCUUCCAGAAGUGAUGACAACUGGCAAAGCUCCAAGCUAUGCGUCGUGGUUCUCGGAUCCGGAGGUUGCAAAGACGUAUACGCAGGCCAAGGCAGACUUUGGCGCUGGAGCUACAGGAACAAAGCCACGGCUGCCGUGGCCACCCACUCUCCUUCACUUGCGCAUGUUCGAGGAGGCUCGUGACGCUUUCGAAAGAGCUGCUUCAGGACGAUUUUCCAUUGUAGGAGGCUACCUUUCGCCAGUCCAUGACAAAUAUGGCAAAGCAACGCUGGCGCCCGCACAUCACCGCCUAAAGAUGGUGGAGGCUGCGGUUUCAGAUUCGGACUGGCUGAUGGCUGAUGGCUGGGAGUGCACGUGUCAAGACAGCUGGACUCCAACCGUUGAUGUUAUUGCACGCUUUGCCAAUGAGCUUUCAAAGGUCAGGGUUUCAAUUGGCGACGCGCGGCCGCGGGCUGGCAACAUCCGGCUGGUGAUGCUGUGUGGCGGCGAUGUGCUCGAGUCCUUCAAUGCGACCACUCCAAGCGGAGAGCGAGUCUGGACGGAUGAAGAUCUCGAUGUAACUCUUGGACAGCAUGGUGUGGUGGUCGUGGGGCGAGAUGAUCAAGACCUAGAAGCCUUUGUGCGGCAGUGCCCACUUCUGGCCCGACACGCUGAUCACAUCACCAUCGCGCAGCCUCGCAUUCGCACAGGCAUCAGCUCCUCCGCUGUGCGGCAGCACUUGGCAGCUGGAGAAAGCAUCCGCUACCUUGUGCACGACAAGGUCUGGCGCUACAUCGCACAACAUCGGCUGAGCGAAUUGCCAAACUGGCAGUAA